UUAGUGACGUCGCAUACCGGCUGUUUGACACGGAAACAGCCUUACAGCGUGUAAAGAAGAAAUGACCGACAGUGACCUCGAAUAAGAUGUUGAAGACCUCUCUAUUGUCUUCUCCUCUUCGCAACACAUCAGCAUAUAUAUAGAAUUCUGACAAACAAUACUACAUUUUAAACCGCCUUCGCAUCGUCGAGUCGUUACUCUGUCUGUCUUCUGAGUGUUCACAUUUGCUGCGUGAAAUAAUGGAAAAUGCAGAAACAUCCGAUCAAAACGGAACGACGCACUACAAGAAAGGUUUAGUAAACGGAUUUCACUCCGCACAGUCCGGUAACGGCGACUGCAUUUCGUCUAACGGAGGUGGUCUGGGUACUAGUGACAGCGGUGGCCAUAAUGGUAUUGAAAAUUUCCACCAUCUUCAUCAGGAUGUACACAACAAUGGUUCGCCUGCGAAGCGCUGCAGACUCAGAAGACGAGUGGAUUCGGGAAAGAAGAACAGACCACCCUUUCCAUGGUUUGGCAUGGAUAUUGGAGGCACCUUGGUGAAGCUGGUUUAUUUUGAGCCCAAGGACAUAACAGCUGAAGAAGAACAAGAGGAAGUGGAGAGCCUGAAGAGCAUCCGCUGGUACCUGACCUCCAACAUUGCCUAUGGAAACACUGGCAUCCGUGAUGUUCAUCUGGAGUUGAAGAACCUCACCAUGUGCGGCCGCAAAGGCAACCUGCACUUCAUUCGGUUCCCCACACAAGACAUGCACCGCUUCAUCCAAAUGGGCAGAGACAAGAACUUCUCCAGUCUACACACCACUCUAUGUGCCACUGGCGGGGGAGCGUACAAAUUUGAGGAUGACUUCAGAACGGUGGCUGAUUUGGAGCUGCAGAAGUUGGAUGAACUAGACUGUCUUAUUCAAGGUCUGCUGUACGUUGAUUCAGUCGGGUUCAAUGGCCAUCCAGAGUGUUAUUUUUUCCAAAAUCCAUCUGAACCUGAAAACUGUGUCAAGAGGCCAUUUAGCCUGGAGAACCCAUUCCCUAUGUUGCUGGUAAAUAUUGGCUCAGGGGUUAGUAUCCUGGCCGUCUAUUCCAAGGAUGAUUACAAGCGGGUCACAGGCACCAGUUUAGGAGGUGGUACAUUUCUUGGCCUGUGCUGCUUGCUGACUGGCUGUGAAACAUUUGAGGAGGCAUUAGAAAUGGCGGCUAAAGGGGACAGCACUAAUGUGGACAAACUAGUGAAGGAUAUUUAUGGUGGCGAUUAUGAGCGAUUUGGCCUUCAGGGUUCUGCCGUUGCAUCCAGUUUUUGUCAUAUGAUGAGCAAGGAGAAACGUGACAGUAUAAGUAAAGAAGACCUGGCCAGGGCGACUCUUGUCACCAUAACAAACAACAUUGGCUCCAUCGCUCGCAUGUGUGCAGUGAACGAGAAUAUCGAUAAAGUGGUUUUUGUUGGGAAUUUCCUUCGAAUCAACACCAUUUCAACUAAGCUGCUGGCAUAUGCCAUGGACUUCUGGUCUGAUGGACAACUGAAAGCCCUUUUCUUAGAACAUGAAGGUUAUUUUGGAGCUGUUGGUGCCUUCCUAGAGCUACUGAAGAUGACAGAAGAUUCCUGAGACACUGAAGAAAACCCAACCUAAAAACCAGAAGCUGCUGUAAGAUUUCAGGAAAGCCACAUCCCCUAAUAAGGAUAAGCCAUUUAAUAAUGUCACCGAUUUUCCAUUUAUCUUCAAAUCAUCGACACAUCGGCCCUCCUAUGCUCAAGACGUGAGCAGGUGACCAAGAGGAUGUGAUGUAACAGCAGCGCACAGAUUUUAGCAUUGUGAUUAGCUGCACCUCAUGCUAACUGUUCUUCAUCACCACUGCUAUAAAGCCAGCACAGCUGUGCCUUUGCUGUGUAUCGAUGAUUUGAGGUGACGAUGAUUUAGGACACUAAUUAUAAUGCCUGUAUGCUCGCUCUACUCCCUGAGCUUUAUGAAAAGAAUCAUAACAUAUGAAAGGGGUUUGGAGGGGGGAGUAUAAUGUCUACUAGUGGGACAGUCUGCGGUAUAAAUGAACUUUUCCCUCUAAUCAGAUUAAUCAUAAAAUGAUGAUGAGUGGUCCAGAAGUGUCAUUUACAUAGGAUUUUGCCUUUCCUUGUUCUGGUCACAGAUAAGCAUUCAUCUUACCCACAUUAAAUUAAAAAGGCUUAAGUUGUAUGAAUAAGCAUUUUAAGGCACGAGUUCAAAUUCUUCAUUUUUAAAAUAAUACAGCAAAUGCCAAUUGAAUUUCCGUCAUUUUUCAAUCAUAUAAAUCUUUUAUCUGAACCUUUUUCAGAAUUAGCAAAAAAAAAAAUACAAACAAAAAAAAACGUAGGUCAGAUGUAGGUCUCUUUUAUCUUGAUUGGGCCUUUUGUGUUUAGUGUAUUGUUGAGUAGCUGUCAUGUCUGAUUUCUAUUACAUUUACCUCUUUGAACUGGUCUGUCUAAUGAACAGAGAAUAUGCAUCUAAGCUGACACUAAUUGUGUUGGGACCAAAUCGUCAAUAUUGACUGGAAAACAGUAUCUUCAUCAGAUGGAGAAUUCUCAUAGUUCACUACAUACAGUAAGUCCCAUGAUUUAUUUUAUAGGAUUUUACAGUCCUUAAUGCUGAGAUUUCUCUGAUCUGAAUGUGUUAACAGUUUACCCUGUGUAUAUACACUGUAGUAUACCAUGUUUUAUUUAAUUUAACAUUUGCACAAACCAUCUCUUGUCAUAUUCACACUAUUAUGCAGUGAUGUCUCAAGUUUCACUUGAUAUCUGUCGAACCUUCUCCCAAAUGCCUUCAUCCUUUAAACAUUUUCAGCUUAAACAUCACCUGUUACUGAAAAUAUUUUGCCUUUUUUUUCCUCUCACGGAUCAACAUGAGGUUCAUUAACUUUAUGCCUAAACACCGUUUAACCUUUAAUAAUAAUAAUAAUAAUAAUAAUAGUAAUAGUCAGUUUGACUUGGAAUGCUCCAGGUUGUUAACCACGUGCUCCUAAAAUUCUAAAAAGUUAUAAUCAGUCUAAAUAUGUAAGAUCAGAAACGUAAGUACUUACAAGACAAAAAUGCAUUGCCUUUCCCUCCCUUUGAGCCAUAGCAUUUUCAAAUAUGCUGAUGUGGCCUCAUCACUGUAAUGUGAACUCAAAAGACAUUAAUUUCUAUAAAACAUAAGCUAAUAGUUUAAGCUUGCAGUUGUAGAUUUUUGUUAUUGUUGAUCAUUAUGAAUGCAAGACUCCAAAACUCCUAAGAGAAAUUGAUGAGGAAUAUUAACAAGAUGCAAUUUCUUUUAGAGGAAAUUUCUAAUAAUAUUCACUUAUUUGUUUGUACUGAACCUACGGUACUAGUUGUUACUGUAGCUCAACAACAGACCUGUGCUGACAUUAAAGUGUCUUCUAGCAGCUGUAACAUCUCUAACAUCACAUUAGUCUCCAGAUCUUCGCCUUUUUCUUGUCGAUUCAUGCUUUACUUCCUCUGCUCAGCCCUUAGAAUUGCCUUAUGCAGUGGGGUGCCAUUUUGUCUUUGGAUGUCUGGAUUAUGCACAAUGGCACCCCCCAACAUCUCUCUGAGCCACAAAAGUAACUUCCAAGUGUUACGGGGUGCCUUUUACUGAUGGAGACAAGGCUUUAUCUCUGUAUCCUCUGUAUUGUUGCUAAUGCUGAAUCCAGAUGUCAGUGUAUACUCCAGUCCUUAACAGUAUAUUUCUGAGCUGUUCUUCUUUUGUUGUUUGGCUUUUUUCCUAUAUGCCACAUCAGACUGAAUGCAUGUCGGUACAUUGUAUUUGAACUGAGCUAAUGCAAAGCAAGCAUGUAGAUGAUUUCUGAACAGGGGUGUCAUCGUUUCACUUGAAUGGACUACUUCAUCUAAUGUAGUCGAAUUGCCUUCUUAACAGGUUUUGUUCUUGUAAGCCAGCAAAAUGUUGACGCAUGUUCAUUCUUUGCCCUAUAUGUUCAACUGUACGUAACCUUUCUCUCUGUUUCCAUAAAUGUAUUUUGACUGUUCCAAACUGUAUGCCCAGUUUUCAGGCAGCAUGUUCUAAAUUCGAAAUGGCCAUUACAGCUGUAUUAUAAGCUUUUUGUAGAGCUAAAUCAUGUCUUUACAAAUUGCAUAAUUUUAGAUAACUAGAUCUCAAAAUUGCAUAGUUUUAGAUAACGUUAAUGUUACAUGCAAAUGAUGUUAAUGGUACAUGCAAAUAUCCUUAAUCUCCUGACAAAUGUGUCUGAUAUGUGAUUUGAGUUAGUGUAACUAUACUGGAAAGCUUUUAAAUUAAGUUCAGUCAGUGUUCAGUGUCAAACAGUAUCACUACACAGAUCUUAAAUGUAAUCUUUAUGGUGUAAUAUUUGAUCGAAUAUGAACCCCUGAGUCACUUAAGGAAUGAACAGGUCUGAAAUUCAUGUCACUGAGAGAUUUUUAUAUUGAUUUUGAGUUCUAUCAUUUGAAAACUAACUUCAUUUGUCAAUAAACUAUUUUGUAAAUAUCUAAUAAAUGUGUUAAUUAUG